AUGUCGGCUCCCAUCCGAACCUUGCAAAGAGGCGCAACUCGCGCCGUGACCAAGAGCAGCGCUGCUCGCGGUUCUAGAAGCGGCUCUGCAUCCUCCUCGGCCAAGCCGAUCGCAUCGUCGUCUUCCUACUCGGCGAGGUCCGACAGGCAUGACAAAUUGAAAAGGAGCAAGAAGGACGGCAUCCUUCGCAAGGCCGUUGAAAUGUAUCAUCUCACUCCCUCAUUCCUUCCGAGCCCACAGCAAGCAUCUCUAACCACCUCGGCUGGCAAGAAGAACACCAACACCUCCUCGGCGUGGGAAUCUGCGCUCGACAACACAAUUUACUCCUCCAUCCUCAACACCGACUCGGUCUCUCGCCGCUCGCCAAACCUGGUACCAAGAGGCUUGUCCGAGUAUUCCCGCGAGCAGUCGGUGCGUGCCGCCUCCGUGUCUUCUUUCGGCAACUCGGAAGAGAUGGCCUCCAGCCGCAGCAAGGACUACGGUUCGUUCGCCUCAGACCUCACCAGCACCACCUUCCUCACACGCAGGGAACGCGAAGCAGCUGCAGCAGAUCAACAGUCACAGCUGUCCAAGGACUCUUCCUCUUUGCAGAGCUCCGGAAGCGGUCUUGAGCAUUUCACCGACGCCGACAUUGCCAUGUACCAGAGGAGGCACAACCAUGCAGCCGGCGCUGGCGCCUCUCACGGCCUCGACAGCAGCCGAUACUCUGGCGCCGAGAGGCUGACGCACCUCGAUCGCAUUACGCCCGGUGGAAACGAAUGGUACCGAAGUCAAGGCCUCGACACACGUAGCGCUCGAGUUCGCGACGCCAUCUUUGGCACCAUCAACGGUGAACUGCCCGGUCUCGAGGUUGUCCGCGAGAGGAUCGCAAAGAUGAGGCGUGGGAACCCAGCUAAACGUCGCGCCGCCAAGCAAUGA